AUGUCUUUGACAGAUUUUUUGGCGGAUCAGUCAACCGGCUCUUGGGCUGAUGAAAUGGACGAUUUGCCCUCUGCGCCCGCCGCGUCAUACACAGGUUACGGAGACCACGGUGAUUCACAUCGUCGCGGUAGUAGUUUUGGUGAUAGAGGCAGAGGUUUUCCAUCAGGCAGAACAAAUUCUAGAGAUACACGUUACGAAUCUCAUGAAUCUACACGUGAUGCUAGGUUUGGCAGUCGUUCAGAACGAGCACCCCAACCACUUCCUACAGCUCCUCCAUAUACCGCUCAUCUAGGUAAUCUACCUUUUGAUUUGACUGAACAUGAAGUGGAGAAUUUCUUUAGAGGUUCAAAGAUUAGUACCAUUAGGAUUCUCCGUGAUAGGGAUGAAAAACCUAAAGGAUUCGGUUAUGUUGAAUUUGAAGAUCUAGAAUCAUUGACAACUGCAUUGGACAUGAGUGGCGAGCCUCUGGGGAAUCGACCAAUUAGGGUUAGUGUAGCUGAUCCACCCCGUGAUCACAAUCAGCGCGAGGAUCGUACUGCUGGUGAAUGGCGGCGGACAGCUCCCAAAGAAUCACCAAUUUCUCCAAGGGGUGAUCGUUUUGGUGUUAGUGAUAAAUAUGGUAAUAGAGAAGAUAGGUGGAGUGAACGUAGUGGAUUUCGUGAUCGAAGUGAUAGACCUGAUCGUGGGGAUCGUAUUAAUGAAAAGGUUGAUAGAAUUGAUAGAGAUCGAGGAGAUCGUAGGGGCGCUUUUAGUAGCAGCAAGACAAACAGUUUCCGUGAACGUCGAUCCGAGGAAAGAAUUGGUAAUAAUAACAAUUCAAUGAGAAAAUCGGAGAUAAGAUCUGAAAAUUCGGUUCCUAUCGAUACGCGCUCAGUAACAUCUGAUGGUGGCACAUCAUCUCCUCCAAUGCGUAAGCGUUUGGAGUUAAAACCACGAGGUUCGACUACGACUACUUCCCCAACUGAGCCUACCGCUCUUCCUCGAUCGAAUAAACCAAACCCAUUUGGUGAAGCAAAACCGAUAGAUUCGGAUGAAGCACUCAGGCGAGUUGAAGAGCGAAGAAAACAAAAAGAAAAGGAAAAAGAAGAAAAGGAAGAAAAGGAAGAAAAGGAAAAAGCGAAUAUUACGGAUGCCGAUGAAAAAAUCCUUGAUCCUGAUAGUAGAUAUAAAAAGGCUUGUUUCGUGUCUUUGAAAUAUACCUCACAACGUUACAAACAAAAGUCUCGGCGAUCCAGAAUACCCCUUUGUUACUUUCUUCCCGAAAGGACGCCUCUUGCUGAGCUAAUACAUUCUGAUGGAGACCUUGAUAAUGUGGAAGACUUUCGAAUGACCGAAUUAUAUUGGCUCAUGGAAAUUUGGUAUGAAAAGACAACGAACGAUAUGGAUCGUCUUUAUGCAAACGAUAUUCACACGUGGAUUGCGUUGGACAAUCAUCCUUCCAGUGUUUUGUGCCCUCGCUAG